UGAUGAUGUUUACCUACUUUCUCUAUGAUGGUGGUGUACAGUGAUGCUACGGGUGGAGAUGUGACCUGCUCCAGCAAGGAGGCCUUGGAAUGGUUCAAUAAGGGUCUGAUAGCCUACGUGGCCGUCAGGGAAAGCUCUCUACCUUACUUCAAAGCUGCAUUGCAACAAGAUGAUUCAUUUGUGCUGGCUCAUUGCAUGUUGGUGAUAUUCAAUCUUUUUGACCUUCGACCCCCAACGGAUCCAAACGUGUCCCCUCACUUGGAGGUGGUGAAGAGAGCAGCAGCAGCUGACCACCAUCACCAGGGGGAGGAUGAUCUGACAGAGAGGGAGAGGGGAUAUGUACGAGCAGCCCUGGCCUACGCCUCAGGCAGUCUGGACAAUGCCACUAAAGAGCUCUCUAACAUGCUCUUUGACUACCCUAGAGAUGGCCUUGCUAUUCGUGUGAUGGUGGGAUCGUACAUUGUCCUGGCAGAGUUUGAGAAGAUGCGAGACUUAGUGGGAAGAGUGCUCCCUUUCUGGACUGAGGACACACCCCUCUACAACUGCAUACUGGCCUUCUAUGGGUUUGCCCUGGAGGAGUGCAGAGAGAGGGGGAAAGCAGAAGAGGUGGCCAGGAAAGCUCUGGCAAUGGACAGAAGAACUCCAUUCGCAACUCAUGCUAUGGCCCACAUAAUGGAAGAGGCCCACCAUCCUAGAGAAGGAGUGGAGUUUCUGACAUCCACUCGAAGUCACUGGACAGGUGCCGUGUACGAGGGUCACAUCACAUGGCAUCUCACUCUGUACUACCUCGAUCUUGGAGACGUUUCUAAAGUGCUGGAGGAGUUUGAUACUCACUUGAAGCCAAAGGCGAAUAAAGAUAACCUGUUUGGACUGCUUGAUGCCUCGUCGUUGCUAUGGCGACUAGAGGUGAUGGGCAUAGAGGUGGGAGAGGAGAGGUGGGAGGUGGUGACACAGGGAAUGACUCCACACAUACACAAUCAUCGCUCCCCUUGGUUUGAUGCUCACAUAAUGUUCAGUUUGGCCCGAGGUAAAGUGUGUGAGUCCACAGCCAGACUAGCCCUGGCAGAGGGCAUGAUGAAGUCUAUGCACAAGUAUGCUGCUGAUGAUGCAGAAGAUUUGCCCAAUCAAAAGUUGGCAGAGAAGCUUGGUGUUCCAGUGUGCAAUGCCUUGCUGGCUUUUGGACAAGAGAAAUACGAUGAGGUGCUACAGAUCAUGGUGCCACUGCGCUACGAGUUCCUCAGUUUUGGUGGCAGCUGGGCUCAGAGACAAGUGUUCAAUGUCACCAUGAUCCAGGCAGCCAUUAAAGCCAACAACUUGUCAGUGGCUCUCGGACUAGUCGCAGAAAUGAUGGCGCAGAAGCCACACAACCCAAAAUAUGGCAAAGUUUUUGAGAUGCUUCAGAAGUCUUACAAAGAAAAGCAAGGGUCACUAAUUGUGAACUAAGUCUUGAACUAUGCAUUGUUUGUUUGUUUUUAACAAUAACAACCAUACCUGUUUUAUGUCUAAGAACGUACCAUACCUGUUUGAACCCACCACUCAUGUGUACAGUGAUAUAGAAAAUGAUUUAAUGUUGUGCAA